AUGAAGAAAGAGUCUUGCAGGUGUCCGUCCCUCACCCCUGGCAGGGACAGUGCUCGCUUUUGCCUGCUGGGCAUACUUAUUGCCCUCUACAUGCUAGCGGGAGCAGCCAUCUUCUCUUUUUUGGAGAGACCAUAUGAGCUUCAAGCCCAUCAUCUUUGGACCAGUAGACUCAAAACCUUCAGUGAAGAGCAUAACAUUAGCCAUGUGGAGCUAAAGUCCAUUUUAUAUCACUAUGAAGAGGCCAGGACAGCCGGAAUCAGAUCCCAGCAGGGAAGGGCACUAUGGGACUUCCCAGGAGCUUUUUAUUUUGUGGGAACAGUAGUCUCCACCAUUGGCUUUGGAGUGUCUGCCCCAUCCACUGUCAUAGGAAAGGUUCUACUUGUUUUUUAUGGUCUUCUGGGCUGUUCCACAACAAUCCUCUUCUUCAAUCUCUUUUUGGAGCGAAUCAUCACAUUUUUAAGUGUGGCUAUCGUCUGGUGCUGCAGAAGGAGGUCCCAGCACAGCAGACUGCAAAACAGAAAUAAUGAAGAUGAUGAAAAUAACUGGAAACCAUCAAUACUUCAAGUGACCUUUGUUCUACUCCUCGCUGUUUUACUGGUUGCUUGCUGUGCAGCUUCACUCUAUUCUGUCAUGGAAGGCUGGAGCUACCUGGAGAGCUUGUACUUUUGUUUUGUAGCUUUCAGCACAGUGGGCUUUGGAGACUUUGUGAGUGGUCAACGGGAGCACCAUGAGGAGACCCGUGGGUAUCAGGUGGCCAACUGUCUACUGAUGCUACUGGGAGUUUGCUGCACCUACUCCUUGUUUAACACUAUAUCAGUCAUCAUCAAACAGGGACUGAACUGGCUACUGGAAUGUCUAGACGUCAUGUUCAACAGGGUCAAAUAUGUCAAAUUCAGGCAUUUCUUCAGGCUGUGCCAAAAAAGACUCAGCAGGCAAACACUUCAUACCUCAGAGUACAGAAAACCAUGGGCUUUGGGGUUUCCUAGGGAUAUUAGAAAGUGCUUUUGUAAUGAUGCAAAAGUGGAAACAGUAUCUGGUAAAGAUCAGGAAAACAGACAAUUCUUUAGACAAGACGAUGAAGAAGAGGAUGUCUUAAGUAUUUGCACUAAACCAACUUAG